GACCGGACACGGAAGAAAACGCGGCGCGGGGGGAAGUUUUGCUGCUUCUCCCCCCGCCCUCCCCCAGUCCUCUUUCGCGCCCGCGCCUCCCCGGGUAAGUGAAAUAAAACGCGAAAUAGCUCCCCGCCCCCACCGCACGCGCGCUCUCCCUCCUCCGCCCGAGGGGCGUUUCUAGGCCUCUCCGCGCGUCUCCUUAGCCCCGCCUCCCUCCCUCCCUCCCUCUUUAGUGGGCCUCAUCCUACCCGAGGGGAGAUCAGAAGAGAGCGAGCGCACAGGUGCAGGAGGAGUCGGCGCACCUGCAUUCCUGCCGGCGCGAAGCCUCGCUGCCACGUGGAGAGGGACCUGGGGCCUGGGGCGGUGUUGGACUCCAUCUCCCAUCAGCCCCAUCUCCCAGCCUGCUUGGUCGGGCUGAUGGGAUUCGUAGUCCAGCAGGCUCUGUUUACCUCUCCCUGAGGCGACGGCAGUAUUCUCCUUUACGGUCUUGCAUUGUCUCAUCUUGGUCUCCUCACAUCUGUCCGGCCCUCCACUCUGGAAGUGAGACACUUCCUUCUGACUUCCUGUCUCUUCUUGCAUUCUGCACAAGCUCCACGUCCCUUGCCUCCGCUCUCUUUAGCCCUGUUACAGUCAACACCCUGUUAGGUUUCUGCUUGUGACGUUGGCUCCUCCAGCUCUACCACCCUCAGCCAUCCUAAAGUCUCCUGCUCCCUCAAAAUACUCUACCCUUUCUCCCCUUAUGCUUGAAACUGUCUCCCAGAAUACCUGUGUGGUGUUUCCUAAUUUUUCAAAUUCCUCCUCAAAUCCUAUUUUUUCUGUGAGGCCCUUGGCUCAGCUCCCUAGUUCCUAUGCCUUGCUGCAACUAAGGCUGUAACUGAGCCUAAGCACAUGCAGCUCAAACAAUUGUGUGCUCUUUCCCUGUUUAUCCUCGCCUCCACUUUUAUUUCUCAGGGCCCCAGCAGGGCCACCAGGAUUGAUCCACCACCAUUUAGACUCCCUAGUGGCAGCACUGCUGUGGUCACCAGCAUCCUGCUCCCUUCACAGGCUUGCCUGUGAGCUUGCCUGAGACCCCAAUGAUGUAAUGGAUGAAUUGCUGAGCAGUCACUCUAUUCCCAGCCCAUUGCAGCAGCACCACAACAGGUGAGCCAGGAGGAGGCUGAUAAUUUCUCCAGCACCUGCCUGCGUGCUGUCAUGGAUCUUCUCAGAGAUGGUGACAGCUCUGUAAUGGGCCAGGAACUGAGUGGUUGCUUGGGACCUUGCCUGUUAUAGUGCCACUGUGGAGAAGUGUGAGGGAAGUCUGGUGGCUGCAGGAACAUCACCACUAGAGGGCCCAAGGGGCAGCAGAUCCUGGAAUGUAUGUUCUGGUUUGUGCUGGGGGCUCUACUGAAGACAGCCUGCCCUGUACCCCCUUUAAAAAAACAACUGGAGCCAAACUGUUCCCCUGAGUUGAAUUUUAAAUUGAAAGCUCCCCUGGCCAGGGGCCUGCCCUCAUACUCUGUAAAGUACCAUGCACACUGAGGAUGCUAUAUAAAUAAAAAGUAGCAUCUGUGGAGCUGGUGUGUAUUCAGGAAUUCUUGAGGGAGGGGCCUUAUGUUACUGCUAUGAAGCACUAAGUCUCUUGGUCUUUGGAUGUACCACAUUUUGCAAAUUGAGGCGAAUAAGACCCUAUUAAUGAUUUGGUGGGAUAUCUGCCAGAGCCUUUCACCUGUUGCAGAAAAAUAAAUGGCCAGCUCUAAACACACAACUGAAUUAACAUAGGGAGUGCCUUUUGCUAGAGGAUUCUCUGUCAUUAAGGUAGAUCACAAGCUAAGGCAUGCCUCCUAGAAACUGAAGUUACCCUAUUGGCAUGUCAGAGUCUUGCACCUCAUUCAUUUCCACCGCUAGCUAAAGUUGCGUAUAAGGUUACGUUUCACCUGUUGGCAUGGGACAUAUGAUAGCUUGAUUUUCAUUUCAGGUUUACAAAUACCUUUGUGUUGUUAGUCACUUCAAACUCUUGCAAUCUUUACCAUCUUCCUCAGUAAGACUGCUUACUCCUGCCUGGGCAGGAGGCAUCCAUGUUCCAUGGAGCCCCAAGGAAUUGUCAAAGCUUUCCCCAAAAGAAAGAAGAUCAGAUAUGAUUCACAGAAGGCAGUGCCUACAAAGGUACUGAAAGAAGAAACCAAGAAUGAGCAAGGUGAGUUUUCUGUUUGCUUCCUCAGCCAUGUGAAGCUAUGAGACAGCCUGGCCUGCUCUGCUUGAGAUUACUAUGGCCUAGCUUUUAGUGCAAGAGGUUUACUUUGGGAGAAAUCACUUAAACCUGGAAGGUUCCAAUCAAAUGGAAGCAUUGAGUUUUGAAGUCUUAUGUGUGUGCUACAAUAGAUCUGGUCUUCUCCAUACUAGUUAUGGCUUCAGGCUGUCAGAUUCCCAUCACUCAGAUAAGACAUGAAGCCCACUCUUGCUUUGCUGAGUCUAUUUCUCUCUGGCUUUCAUUAGCAGCAUGGUUGGAGCCAAUCACUGCCUAUGUGCUGCAAGCAGGAAUUGGCCAGGCCAGGGCUGAGAUCUUCCGCAAGCAGAUCGUCCAGAACGGGGGAAUUGUCUGCAGCCAGCUUUCCCCAGAUGUGACACAUGUUAUAGUGGAUGAAGGCAUGGACUGUGACCGAGCUUUCCGGCUUCUCAAACUAGCCAAGUUACCCCAGGGAUUGCAACUGGUGAAGGCAUCCUGGCUGAGUUCCUGUAUUGCAGCACAGCAGAUCUUGAAGACUACUGGCUACAGCCUCUUCAUCCCGGAGAAGUAGGUGCCUUUCUUACUUCAGCAUGUGGUGGCAAGUUUUAUGUGGAAAUCCAUUUCUUAUUUUGGGAAUGGACACAGAGGAAAGAGAAUUGAAUUCCUCAGUUCUUUUCAAUUUUCUCACACUCUUGUUAUGGAUAGAAUGGCUGCCUUCAGAAGCAGUGAUUGCACCUUGCUGUACGUUUGAUUCUUGGCAGGUAUCUGGAUGUGUCAGACGCUUCAAAGCAGCAAUCACAACUUCUGGAUGAAAUGAUGGUCCAGCCUCAAAUGGAGAGUGCAGUCCUGACACUGAAGGAUGAAUCUCAGGCAGAGGUUUCCAGCACUCCCUGUAGUGCAGCAAAUUCCUCAGGACAGCAAGAAGUUAAAGGGGUGAGCCCACUUAGCGGAUUCCCAUUUUUGUGCUUUCGAGCAUUUUUGUAGGUUAUGCCAGGGUUUUUAUUGGGGAAGAGCUGUAGCUCAGUGACAGAGCAUUUGCCUUGCAUGCAGAAUGUCCCAGGUUCAAUCCCCAGCGUCUCCAGGUAAGGCAGGGGGAAAGCCCUGCCUGAAAUCUUAGAGAACUGCUGUCACUGUGGACAUGAUUGACACCCCUUUGUUCCAAAGAUGAAAAAGUGCCAUGCUUCUCUUAGAGUUAGGGAACAAUAUUGUAAUUGGAACGAGGUGUGUGUGUUGACAACAGAUUCAGUGGGUGGAGUCUACAGAUACAGCCAUUUUUCUCUUCUGAAAGGAGUGAAUUUGCCUCUAUUAAACAAAUGCUGGGCUGUCAUUGUAGAAGCUGGGCACCUAACAUGUGCUUCCUUUUGUUACUCUGAGUAUGUUUUUCUAGCAAGCUUCACUGCAGACCACCUAAAAGUUACAAAAAUAGGAAAAUGUAGAAGGAGCUUUUGGCAGAUUGUUUCUGCAUUAGAAUGUAUGUGUGUUAUUCUGCUCCCGUCUUUGUUUGGCAACGCCUUGAGGUUCAUUUAUGCCAAGUCUCCUCUUCAUUCAGAGAAUCUGGCAAAAAUAUACACUGGUGUAAAAGCUCUAUAUGUCCAGUUGCCUUGAAUUUUAAUCUUUCUCAACUCUGAAGCAAUAUUAAAAUCAGCUAGUAAAAUACUAGUUACAAAGUGUUAGCACCCUAAAGUCAGAACAUAAAAAUAUCAUAUUGCCUACAACGUGCUCCUUAUAGCAUCUUGCCCACAAGGUGUAAUGAAUGUAAGUCAUUGUUCAGCUUCUUAAGUAUUAUAUCCUUUCUGUUUUCUACUAGUCAAUGGAAUACCUGGUAUGUUCAUAAUGGGAUGUUGCCCCCUAGUGCCUGAAGUAGAGAGCAAAAGGAAAUUGUGCCACUAAAGUUGCUGUAAACUGGGACAUCUUAUUCAUGCUCACUCGUCACCACCACUCCAAAAUAAAGCCACCUCCAUAAGUUAAAUGAAUCCAUAGCAUUAUGGUCACUGCAGGGACUCUGCCAGCUAUGCUUUCUUGUAGAUGAUCAUCAUAACUGAGGGGAGGAACAUGUUAUAUGCAACUGUUAGUACAGCUUAUGCUUUUUCUUUCUCUCUCUCAACCUAUCUAACGAUUGUGGUAGAUCUCACAGGGACUACCAAUCCCCUUUAAUGUUUCAGAGUCUCCCUGCCUUUGGUGCAUUAUGAGCCAGUGGCUUGCAAUUGCUUGCAUAAAUAAUGGCUACAUUUCACAGCUUCCUCUUCUACCUCUCUCCAAAGACAACCUUGGACAACGAGGGAACUGAAGGGGAAGAGCCUGCUGUCACUCUGGGAGAACUGGAAGCACUGAGGUCAGGCAAAGACCCAAACACUUUGCCAGGAGAUUCUUCUGUGGCGCUUCCCACUAGCAAGUGGGUUUGUGCCCACUCCUCUGCAAGCAAGAAAAUUAAUCAUAACCAGAGCAUUACAGAGAAGCUAGAGCAGGUUGCAAAAGCCUACUCUGUCCAAGGGGACAAGUGGAGGGCUCUGGGUUACUCAAAAGCCAUAAACGCCCUCAAGAGCUACCACAAGCCAAUCACCUCUUAUCAGGUAACUCAGAUAGAUCUCUUCUAAAGCAAAUCCUUUCUUGUCUUCUCUAAAGCAGCUGCAGCUUAAUGUUCUUGGGAGCAGCCAUUAAGUCUAUGGAGCAACUAGCCUCUCUUCUCCUGCCUCACACUUGCAACUCCUGGCUGCACUGCAUCCUGUGUGGCUAGCCAGCAGCUUUGUUGCACCGGACAGUUGUAAGGUCCAAAUUGCUUGUGUUUUAACUUCCCUGGCUUGGCAGCAUCAUUCCAUUUCUACUUGGGCCACUGUAUAGAGAGAUUUCUUAAGUAUGAAAGCCUACACUAUGCUUCUGGUCAUUUAAAAGGAACGCAGAGGAAGUCUCUGUCUGCACUGAGAGAAAGACAGAAAAAUCUUAUAGUCAAAGAGUAAAGAUCAGAUUUUAUUUGCAAAAAAUUCAUAGGCUUCUAAAUCCCAAUUUAGGAAGGUGGAUUCUUGGAUAGGAGGGUCUGUGUUAGAUACCCUCAGGAAUCAAGAACCAAUUCCCCCCUGCCCAAGCUGAGCCUAGUCAUCUCCAAGCUGGAAACAGAUGAUAUUUCCAGAUUAAAUCAGCAUUGUAGCCUUUUGUCUGUUUGUGGCUGUUUUUCAGGAAGCCUGCAAAAUCCCUGGAAUUGGGAAGCAGAUGGCAGAAAAGAUUGUGGAGAUCCUGGAGAGUGGGCACCUUCGAAAGCUGGACCACAUCAGUGAGAGUGUGUCAGUGCUGGAAGUAUUUUCCAAUAUCUGGGGAGCAGGAGUCAAGACUGCUCAGAUGUGGUACCAGCAGGUAAUUUUCUCUCCUCUGCUGUCAACAAGUGCUGCAGUUUUGCUUGUAUUAUGGUAUUGUUACAAGGACCCUAUAUGUGAGUUAAUUCUUUAGUUUCAUUGCUGAAACUGGUAUGGAAAAACCUGCUAAUGCGCUAGAGGAGGGAACUUCAUACAUGUCCCGUGUGUCCUCUGGGCAGGGCUUCCGCACUCUGGAUGACAUCCGCACUAAGGCUUCCCUCACCAGCCAGCAGGCCAUUGGCUUGAAGCACUAUGAGGACUUGCUGGAGCGCAUGCCACGUGAAGAAGCUGCCCAAAUUGAGCAGACGGUGAGUACCCCUGUGAGGACUCUGGGCAGGGCAAUGUUGAGGCUUAACAGGUCACAUGACACACCUCAUCAAAUCAGCUCUUGAGGCAGCCACGAUUCUGGUAGGUCCCACAUAGUUGGACUUCCUGGCAGUUCAAAGGGGAAGGAUGAUGAGCAAAGCUGCUGCCUGUUUUGCCUUUCCUCUCUCCAGGUUGGCGAUUUGGCACAUACCAGAUUCUGCAAACAUGUAUAACUGGGAUGGGAAGCUUUGGUCCUCCAAAUGUGGUUGGACUCUGGCUCCUAUCAUCCCUGACCAUUGGCUGAUGGGAUCUGGAGACCCAACAACAUCUGGUGGACCCCAGGCUCCACAUCCCAGCUCUAAAGAGAGCCUAGAAAUCUUACCUGUCUAUUUUUUUUGCUACAAACCAGCAAUUCUCACCCCUUUUUUUGUAAGCUCCCAACCUGAUAGGCCAGUCUUUCUCUUAAAGGACCCUCAGACUGCAUCAUGGCAGAACAGUGGUGCAAUAACACCUUGAAAAUCUUUGUGGUUCCCCCCCCCCCCCAUGGUAGGGAAAGGGAACUUUCUAACUUUCUGAACAGGUCUCUCUUCCUUUUGUGGGUUUGACCAGGAUGGUGCUCAUAGAAGCCAAUAGGCAGUUCAUAAAAUUGUUUUUGGGUUGCAAGUUGUCGGCUUAUAGGCUGAAGUUACGUGAUCCUUUAUCACUGCUUCUCCUGUACAUUGAAAUCACCAUGGCAGCACAGGGCAGCAUGAUACUGUCACUCAGUCACAGUGCCUGCCCCUGAAGAAUGCAUCGUUGCCAGGUAGGGCAUCAUUCCUCGCACAGGAUUAAAGUUCUUUUGGAAGCCCCUGCCCUUGGGAGUGGACCUAUUGUGGGUUUGAUGGAAUUACCCAUUUCUUGCCCACCUCAGGGAGUAGACAAGAGAAUGAGGGGAUUAGCUGCUGUCCGUCUGAGACCCAAGGUGCUGUGUGGGGCUGGCUGCUUUCAAGAAAACUUAAUUGAGGAUGCAGAGGGACAGAUCUGCAUUCGAAAAGCCAUGAAAGCUGUUCCCAAAUGUUGCAGGGCAAAGGUUAAUGAGCUUAUCCCUCACUAAUGAAGGAUGAUCCUGGAGACUGACAAGGAGCACUCAGACCCUCCCCCCCCCGCCACCGCCCAGCCCCACAACUGCUUCCUUUCCCUCUACCCAUGCCACUCUCUAUGUUCUGAACCAGCAAUCAUGUCUUUGUUUAGUAAGGUGGAUUAUUGGCACCGUGAUACCCAUAAUCCUGAAUUCUGAAAUCACCUUCAAGCGAUGCUUUUAAAUAAAGCCAUCAGAAGUAUGCUGGUGCAGAGAAGCUCUUGGGCGAGGGACUCUUCUUUGGGCACCCACCCACUGGGAUGUGAUUUCCAGCAGUCUAGGGUUUGACUGCUGCUCCAGCAGGACAUUUUGCUCUUCACUGCCAAGAGUUUUCCUUCCAUGAAAUGGGAAAUGGCCCAGCCCUGCAGGAGGAGAGUGCCAGGGUCAGCCAGCCUUACGCCAGCCCAAAAUACUGAUCCCUUAUGAAUUUUGGAUGUCCUGGUGACUUUAGGACUGGUUCUGCUGCGUCACAUAUUUUGCUACCACCCUUCUGCUAAAAGGUCCCAGGUCCCACUCUUUUCCAACCUGCUUCAUUACAGCUUUGGACAGAAUGCUUUGUUUAUGCAGCAGAGUAACAUCCCAUAAUUUUGAAGAGUUAUUUUCACCUAUAACCCAAACUACAAAUGGGUCACAAGUUAGCUAACCUGCAUACGUAACAACUCAUGUAAUUCAGCAUCCUGAAAAUUUUAGCAUUCAUUAUCACCACUGUGAGAGUUUGAAGUUUAAAUUUGCAAGCAUAUAGAUAAUUGAAAGUAAACUCCCAAACCCCAGUCAGGCUCAGUACAAUUUUCUGUUGCAAAGGGGCUGGACUCCUUGCCCUCCCUCAUGCCCAGCAGAAGCAGAAUAAAUUUAAUGAUUUAAUGAUUCAUACAAGCAAAAGAAUUCAGCUGUCUUGACAAAAGAAUUUGAAUUAUGGUGUAUGCUUUGUUUUGUUUUUUGUUUCGUUUUGUUUUACCCACACUGCUGGGGGUAAUUGAAUCACCACAGUGGAUGGGGAUGGAAAGAUACUUGAAAUCAGCAGCUACACCUCUGCCCGUUCCUCUACAUUGUCUUUCACUGCAGGUCAGAGAAGCAGCCCAGUUGAUCAAUCCUGGGCUGGUGUGUGUUGCGUGUGGCUCGUUCCGGCGGGAAAAGUCCACCUGUGGGGAUGUGGACGUGCUGGUGACUCACCCUGAUGGGCACUCGCACCAAGGAGUGUUCAGCAAGCUGCUUGAUAGCCUCCGGAAAAGUGGUAUGAGGGUACCUGUGGGGCUGGAAUAUGGCAGGGCAGGGUAAGGGGUCACACUGUUGAACCUUUUCACCACUCUGAAAUCAGCAGAAUGGGAAUCCAGAAUGUGUAUCUGGCACUGCCAUGUUGAGCUUGUCUUGGCAGUUCAUCUUAGCACUAAAAGUGCCUGUAUCUGGGACUUCUUUGGAAGGAACCAUUUUCUCUCCCCACCCCCACCCCUGUGUAUAUAGUUGGGCUCCCUGCAUGAAGGACUUUAUAAGAAGGAAUGGUUUAUAGUGCCUGCCAUAAUAUAACAACAUGGGUGAUUCUGUUUCUUGACAUACUUCUCUGUAUGAAUGUCAGAGCCUCUUCUCACCUAUUAUACUGUAAAUAUGAGGCCACAACCUAAUGAAUAUAGCAGGUUUGAUUAGCUUCUUGCUCACAUUUUGGACUCUUUGCCCUUAGUGCCAACAUACAAGGGCAAUGGAGCCACUAUCUCUAGCCAAAUUUUGGUGAAAGGCUUUACUCUUGCCGUUCUCCAAGAUACUGGUUUAGCUAUGUCUCAGAUGUUCUUUUAGGAGAGAAUAUAUAUUUUGAGAGACCAGAAUGCUGAUCAUGAUCAGGUAGUACAGGUCUCUUGUAUGUUGAACACCAUGCAUUGUCCUGGUGUUGCACAAUCUUGAUAAGAGCAUAAGAAGACCCCUGCAGAAUCAGGCCAGUACUUAACAGCGGUCCGCCAGAUCCCAGGAGACUCCCUACCAAUCUUGUUGGUGAGCCAGGAGCCCAGUACUGAUGCUAGCAAGCAGGGAGCUCUCCAGCACAGGCUUACCACUGAGUGGGGACAGAAAACAAUCCUUGCAGGAAUCAUAGAAUUGGGACCCCCCUCCGAGUCAUCUAGUCCAACCCCUUGCAAUGCAAGAAUCUCAACUAAAGCAUCCAUGACAGAUAGCCACCCAACCUCUGCUUAAAAAUCUCCAGGGAAGGAAAGUCCACAACUUCCUGAGGGAGUCUGUUCCACUAUCGAACAGCUCUUACUGUCAGAAGGUUCCUCCUGAUGUUUAGUCGAAAUCUCCUUUCUUGUAACUUGAAUCCAUUGGUUUAGGUCCUACCCUGCAGAGCAGGGGAAAACAAGCUUGCUCCAUCCUCCAUGUGACAGCCUUUGAGAUAUUUGAAGAUGGCUGUCACAUCUUCUCUCAACCUCUGCUUUCCAGGCCAAACACACCCAGCUCCUUCAAUGGCUCCUCAUAAGGCUUGGUUUCCAGAUCAUCUUGAUCGCCGUCCCCUGCACAUGUUCAGGCACUCUGCCAGCCAAACUCCCUGACUUGUGCUUUUCCCCACAGGUUUCCUGACAGACGAUUUGGUGAGUCAGGAAGACAAUGGAAGCCAGAAGAAAUACCUUGGGGUCUGUCGUCUGCCAGGACCAGGCCGGCGCCACCGGCGCCUUGACAUCAUUGUGGUGCCCUACAGUGAGUUUGCCUGUGCCCUGCUCUACUUCACUGGCUCUGCCCACUUCAACCGCUCCAUGCGAGCUCUGGCCAAGACCAAGGGCAUGAGCCUGUCGGAGCAUGCCCUCAGCAGCGGGGUGGUGCGUGGAGCCGGUGGCCUCAAAACAGUGCCUGGCGUGGCCCUCUCUACUCCCACCGAGAGGGAUAUCUUCAUUCACCUGGGGCUGCCUUACCGGGAGCCCCCCGAGAGGGACUGGUGACAAAGGACAGGAAGAGAGCUAUUUGAGGAUGCCCUCUUGGUGCUUGCAUGUGACUCACUUGGGACCUUCCAGCCUCUGCACUUGUCUGCUUUCCUUGGCAAAUUCUUGCAGGUGCUAAAGACAGGAGGACUUGUGUGAUUAAGGGGAGCUGGUCCUUCUCUGUGCUAUUGGGAGGAAAAGCCCAAGGCCCUGAAUGGAUUCAGUUUUUUAAUGGAUUGCCAUUAGAGAGGCACUAAGGGCAAAUUAACCUACCUCACCAGUCAGUUUUAAUUAAUGAAUGAGAAAAUUUGUAAAGUGAUUUUGCACAUUGAAACUCUCCAUGAAAGGCGGAGGAAGAGUGGUGGGGGGAAUGAAUAAAUUUUUAAGAAUGGGUUUUAAAUACACCUUUGCAAAGGUAGCAUCCUUUUAAGGCUGCUAUCUUCCCUUAUUUGGAGAGGCUGCUUUUCUGCUAAGGCUGUACAUUUGAGAGGGGGGCGGGUUGUGGUUUGCUUGCCAAGAAAUGAAGUGUCAUGGAUUUCCAUCUCAGGAUUAAUCUCUUCUAGCUGACAUUAUAUUCUCCCUCCCACCCCGCUGCUGGCCUUGGAAAAUGUUUUAAAGGUUUUAGAAUCCUACCCUUCCCCAAAUGGUGGCACAGGAUUGUUUAUUUACGUAAUUUAUGCUAACUGUAGAGCUUGGUAUGGUUUCAGGAUUUGGAACUUAUUGUUAGUACUUUCAGGAGGUGAAUAAAGGAGAGGGAGCUACUGAACGCAGCAAGCCAGUAGGGAAGGGGCAGAGAACGGCAUGAAGUGAAGACACAGCAGGAGGGUAGCUUUGGAUGGAAUAACUUGGAGGUACUUUUCUAGCACUAAGAAGAAUCAGGCAGUGAAACAACUUUGGGGUAUAUGCUUCUCUGAGUACCAAGAAGAGGUUGAAUCAGCAUCUCUCAAGAACGUUUCAGAUAUGGUUUGCAGUUAAAUAUCAAACUUCUGUGCCAAGGUAAACAUAAUUCUGUACUAAUUUGUUAUUUCUUUGUUAAAUUUCUAUAUUGCCCUUCAUCCAAGGAUCACAGGGCGUUUACAAUACAAAAACACAAAAAUACACUCACUGAGGUCCAUCUACCCAGAAAUGCUGCUGAAACACCCGUACACUACUGAGACUCCUUGAAGCGCUACCUGCACACUUUCAAACAUGUCUUCACAGCCUUAAAGGCUUGAAACUUGUUUUCCCCCCUUUUAAAAAUGAAGCUGCAGUUCUCAGGGUGCUGAACUGUGACACAGUGCUUUACCACAUCCUGCAUCUGUAUGGCUUGAUUAGGAGGCAAACAGCAGAAUACACUUUGCCUUAGCUGAUGAGUCAGAACUUAUUGGAAGUUGCCUAAUACCAGAUCGGACUAUUUUCCCAUCUAGCCCAAUAAUGUCUACUCUGACUGGCAGUGGCUCUCCAGGGUCUCAGGGAUAUUCCCAGUCUCUUGCUACAUAAUCCUUUUAAGUAGGAGAUGCUAGAAACUGAAGAUCUGGGACCAUCUGUUUGCAGGAUAGGUGCUUUGCCACUGAGUCAUGGGCCCUUCCCAGUUCUUGUGUUAGACUAGGUGACCCUUAGGGAAAUACACCGUAGUGAGUUGUAGUUAUCCCCUUAGCCGCACAGGCUCCUUUGCCCACCUCCAUGUUGUACCUCUGCAGUGUAUCACUUAGGGAUCAGCACAAUAAGGUCCCCUUGGAAACGAAGGAUUGCUGUGAUUGCUGAAAGACAAUAAAACCUGUUAACAUGUUUUA